CAGAUGAAGAGACAGACCCACAGAACAGAGAUCAGAGGAAGAGGAGGGACAGAAGUCAUGUCCAAAGUGUGGACGGCUCUCACAUGUCAGCAGGUCAGUGUGUCUCUGAUGUUAGAAAAAAUCCCAAUAAGACAAAUCUUGGUAAGAAAUACAAACAAUCUCCAAAAGAAGAGAGAUGUUCCUCUAUCAAGUCUGGGAAAAACUCAAGAAUAAUUACUAACCCGUCUGACUACAUGGAAACUUGGUCCGAUGAAAGAUAUUAUAUCUGUAAAGAAUGUGAUAAAAGCUUUUGCAACAAAUCUCUGUUCAGAAUUCACGCAAGAAUCCAUGCAAAAGAUAAGAGAUUUUCUUGUAAAGAAUGUGAGAAAAGAUUUAGUCACAGAUCUGUUCUCAAAACACACAUGAGAAUUCAUACAGGAGAAAUGCCUUUUUCUUGUAAAGAAUGUGAUGCAUGUUUUCGUCAAUUAUCUAAUCUCCAAACACACAUGAGAACUCACACAGGAGAAAGGCCUUUUUCUUGUAAAGAAUGUAGUAAGAGUUUUAUUCAAAUAUCUAAUCUCAAAAUACACAUGAGAAUUCACACAGGAGAAAUGCCUUUUUCUUGUAAUGAAUGUGAUACAAGUUUUCGUCAUGCGGUUAGUCUUAAAACACACAUGAUAACUCACACAGGACAUAAGCCUUUUUCUUGUCAAGAAUGUAGUAAGAGUUUUAAUCAAAUGUCUAGUCUCAAAAUUCACAUGAGAAUACACACAGGAGAAAAGCCUUUUUCUUGUAAAGAAUGUGAUACAAGUUUUCGUCAUGCAGCAAGUCUUAAAAUACACAUGAGAACUCACACAGGAGAAAAGCCUUUUUCUUGUAAAGAAUGUGAUACAAGUUUUCGUCAUGCAGCAAGUCUUAAAAAACACAUGAGAAUUCAUACAGGAGAAAAGCCUUUUUCUUGUCAAGAAUGUGAUUCAAGUUUUAGUUGCAGAUCUAGUCUUCAGACACACAUGAGAACUCACAAGACUCUCUUCACAAACAGUGUAAAAAAGGAGUUAUUGUAAACUGUAAAUUAUAAACUUUUCUGAUAAGAGGUCGACCUCUCAACCUUUGCACCACAGUCAAAGACUUUAUUUACAGGAGGGAAAAAUCUGAUGGCCUCCAUACCAUAUUGAUGAAGUAACUUCAUUAGAGGGAGUUACAAGUGAGUAUUUAAUGUAUGGAAAGGAAUUUUUCUACUAAUUUAUUGUUAUAAUAUGAUAUUCAUACUUUUCUAGGAAUUCUUUUUAGGUUUUCAUCUUUACAUAAAAAGCAAAAAAAGUAAUUGAUCAAUACAUUUGAAUCUUUGUGUAAUGAUAUUAGACAAAGAGUUUUACUGCUGACAAAAUAUGUACAACUUUUUCACAAAAUGAAUUGUUUUAGAUGUACCUGCAAAUAGAAAUGAGUUGUUUGUUUUGAGUCAUUAGAGCUAAUUCUUGAAUGUCUUCA